UCCCGGGGCAGCUUCCGGGAGGGCGGGAGCGCGUGGGGUGCUUCUGGGGACCUUCUGAAGCGGGGGGGGGGGCACCUCUUUUUUUGGGGGUGCCCGAGCUGCCUGCCCCUCCCCUCCCCCCCCAGGAUGUAUGCUGUUUACAAGCAGGCCCACCCCCCCACGGGGCUGGAGUUUGCCCUUUACUGCCACUUCUUCUCCCCCGCCGAGAAGAACCUGGUGGUGGCCGGAACCUCCCAGCUCUACGUCUAUCGCCUCAACCACGACUGUGAGACUGGAGCUAAAGGAGACAGGAAUGGGGAAGGCAAAGGCCACAAGGAGAAGCUGGAGCUGGUGGCCUCCUUCUCCUUCUUCGGCAACGUCAUGUCCAUGGCCAGCGUGCAGCUGGCCGGGGCCAAGCGCGACGCUUUGCUCCUCAGCUUCAAGGAUGCCAAGCUCUCGGUGGUGGAGUAUGACCCAGCCACCCAUGACCUGAAGACCCUCUCGCUGCACUACUUUGAGGAGCCGGAGUUGAGGGAUGGCUUCGUGCAGAACGUGCACAUCCCCCAGGUGCGGGUGGACCCCGACGGGCGCUGUGCAGUGAUGCUGAUCUACGGCACCCGCCUGGUUGUCCUCCCCUUCCGGCGCGACACCCUGAGCGAGGAGCACGAUGGGCUGGUGGGAGAAGGGCAGAAGUCCAGCUUCCUGCCCAGCUACAUCAUCGACGUGCGGGAGCUGGACGAGAAGCUGCUCAACAUCAUCGACAUGCAGUUCCUCUACGGCUACUACGAGCCCACCCUCCUCAUCCUCUUCGAGCCCAACCAGACCUGGCCCGGGCGGGUGGCCGUGCGGCAGGACACCUGCAGCAUCGUGGCCAUCUCCCUCAACAUCAUGCAGAAGGUCCACCCUGUCAUCUGGUCCCUCAGCAACCUCCCCUUCGACUGCACCCAAGCCUUGGCUGUCCCCAAGCCCAUCGGAGGGGUGGUCAUCUUCGCCGUCAACUCCUUGCUCUACCUCAACCAGAGCGUCCCACCCUACGGCGUGGCCCUCAACAGCCUCACCAACGGCACCACUGUCUUCCCCCUGCGUAUCCAGGACGGGGUGAAGAUGACUCUGGACUGCGCCCAGGCCACCUUCAUCUCCUACGACAAGAUGGUCAUUUCCCUGAAGGGGGGUGAGAUCUACGUGCUGACGCUGAUCACGGACGGCAUGCGCAGCGUCCGCUCCUUCCACUUCGACAAGGCGGCCGCCAGCGUCCUCACCACCUGCAUGGUCACCCUGGAGCCUGGCUACCUGUUCCUGGGCUCCCGCCUGGGCAACUCGCUGCUGCUCAAGUACACGGAGAAGCUGCAGGAGCCCCCGGCCAGCGCCGGCAAGGAGCCCCCCGACAGGCAGGAGGAGCCCCCCCUGAAGAAGAAGCGCUCGGAGUCCUCAGGGGGCACAUGGGCAGGCGGGAAGUCGGCGGCGCAGGACGAGGUGGACGAGAUCGAGGUGUACGGCAGCGAGGCGCAGUCGGGCACGCAGCUGGCCACAUACUCCUUCGAGGUCUGUGACAGCAUCCUCAACAUCGGGCCCUGUGCCAACGCCGCCAUGGGGGAGCCAGCCUUCCUGUCUGAGGAGUUCCAGAACAGCCCAGAGCCGGACCUGGAGAUUGUGCUGUGCUCAGGCUAUGGCAAGAACGGAGCCUUGACUGUGCUGCAGAGGAGCAUCAGGCCCCAGGUGGUGACGACCUUUGAGCUGCCUGGCUGCUAUGACAUGUGGACUGUGAUUGCUGGUGGCAAGAAGGACAAGCCCCUGGAGGCCGCAGGAGGUGACAAAGGUGACAAGGACUCCCCGGCACCCCCGGCCCCCGCAGCGGAGGAGGAGGAGGAGGAAGGGGGGGCGCAGCGGCAUGGCUUCCUCAUCCUCAGCAGGGAGGACUCCACCAUGAUCCUGCAGACAGGGCAGGAGAUCAUGGAGCUGGACACCAGUGGCUUUGCCACCCAAGGUCCCACUGUCUUUGCUGGCAACAUCGGUGACAAUCGCUACAUCGUGCAGGUGUCCCCCCUGGGCAUCCGCCUGCUGGAGGGAGUGAACCAGCUGCACUUCAUCCCGGUGGAUCUGGGCUCUCCCAUUGUCCACUGCGCCGUGGCAGACCCCUACGUGGUGCUCCUGAGCGCCGAGGGCCAGCUCACCAUGUUUGUCCUCAAGAGUGACACCUACGGGGGCAGGACACAUCGGCUCAGCCUGCAGAAGCCCCCCCUGCAGCACCCCUCCAAGGUGAUCGCCCUGUGCCUGUACCGGGACGUGAGUGGCCUCUUCACCACGGAGAGCCGCGCCAGCACCCCCCGCGAGCAGCCCCCGCGCACCCCCACCCAGCAGGAGACCCUCAUCCAGGACAUCGGGGAGUCGGUGGAUGACGAGGAGGAGAUGCUGUACGGGGACUCUGCCCCGGCGCUGCGCAGCCCUGCCAAGGAGGAGCCCCCGCGGCGUGCCGGCGGGCAGGGGGGCCCCGGGGACCCGCACCAGUACCGGGCGGAGCCCAGCCACUGGUGCGUGCUGGUGCGGGAGAACGGCGCCAUGGAGAUCCUGCAGCUGCCGAGCUGGCGCAGAGUGUUCCUGGUGAAGCACUUCGCGGGUGGGCAGAGGGUCCUGGUGGACAGCUUCGGGCACCCCACGGGCGGCACCGAGCAGCGCAAGGAGGAGCCAGGCCGCCAGGGGGCGCUGCCGCUCGUCCGGGAGCUGCUGCUGGUGGGGCUGGGCAACCGCCAGAGCCGACCCUACCUCCUGGUCCACGUGGACCAGGAGCUGCUGAUCUAUGAGGCCUUUGCCCACGACUCCCAGCUGGGGCAGAGCAACCUGAAGGUUCGGUUCAAGAAGGUCCCACACAACAUCAACUUCCGGGAGAAGAAGCCCAAACCCUCCAAGAAGAAGCCGGAGCCUGGGGGGGCUGCAGCUCCGGGGACAGCCAGUGGGGGCGCUGCGGGGGGCGCCGCGGGGGCGGCGGCAGGCGCUGGGGGGAGCCCCGAGGAGCCAGGGGGACCCCGAGGGCGAGUGGCCAGGUUCAGACCCUUCCACGACAUCUAUGGCUACUCAGGGGUGUUCAUCUGCGGCCCCUGCCCGCACUGGCUGCUGGUGACAGGCCGGGGGGCGCUGCGCCUGCACCCCAUGACCAUCGACGGCCCUGUCGAGUCCUUCGCCCCCUUCCACAACGUCAACUGCCCCAAGGGCUUCCUCUACUUCAACAGGCAGGGGGAGCUGCGGAUCAGCGUCCUCCCUGCCUACCUGUCCUACGACGCCCCGUGGCCGGUCCGCAAGAUCCCCCUGCGCUGCACCACUCACUACGUGGCCUACCACGUGGAGUCCAAGGUCUACGCCGUGGCCACCAGCAGCACCAACCCCUGCACCCGCAUCCCACGCAUGACCGGCGAGGAGAAGGAGUUCGAGAGCAUCGACAGGGAUGACCGCUACAUCCCCCCGCAGCAGGAGGCCUUCUCCAUCCAGCUCAUCUCCCCGGUCAGCUGGGAGACCAUUCCCAACACCAGGAUUGAUUUGGAGGAGUGGGAACAUGUCACCUGCAUGAAGACCGUGUCCCUCAAGAGCGAGGAGACCGUCUCAGGCCUCAAAGGCUACGUGGCCGUGGGGACCUGCCUGAUGCAGGGCGAGGAGGUCACCUGCAGAGGAAGGAUCCUGAUCAUGGACAUCAUCGAGGUGGUGCCAGAGCCUGGGCAGCCUCUGACCAAGAACAAGUUCAAGGUCCUCUACGAGAAGGAGCAGAAGGGGCCGGUGACAGCUCUGUGCCACUGCAACGGCUACCUGGUGUCCGCCAUCGGCCAGAAGAUCUUCCUGUGGAGCUUGAAGGACAAUGAGCUGACAGGCAUGGCCUUCAUCGACACCCAGCUCUACAUCCACCAGAUGAUCAGCGUCAAGAACUUCAUCCUGGCCGCCGACGUCAUGAAGAGCAUCUCCCUGCUGCGCUACCAGGAGGAGAGCAAGACCCUGUCCCUCGUCAGCAGGGACGCCAAGCCCCUGGAGGUCUACAGCGUGGACUUCAUGGUGGACAGCACCCAGCUGGGCUUUCUUGUGUCGGAUCGGGACAGGAACCUACUGGUCUACAUGUACCUGCCUGAGGCCAAGGAGAGCCUGGGGGGGCUGCGGCUGCUGCGCCGAGCAGACUUCCACCUGGGCUCGGCGGUGCUGAGCUUCUGGAGGACUCCCUGCCGGGGGGGCACCGAGGGACCGCGCAGGGUCAGCGCCUGGGACACCAAACACAUCAGCUGGUUCGCUACCCUGGACGGGGGCCUGGGGCUGCUGCUGCCGAUGCCGGAGAAGACCUACCGCAGGCUGCUGAUGCUGCAGAACGCCCUGGGCACCUCCCUGCCGCAGCUGGCAGGCCUCAACCCGCGCGCCUUCAGGCUGCUGCACGCCGAGCGCCGCACGCUGCAGAACGCGGUGAGGAACGUGCUGGACGGGGAGCUGCUGAGCAGGUUCCUCUACCUCAGCACCAUGGAGAGGGGAGAGCUGGCCAAGAAGAUCGGCACCACCCCCGACAUUAUCCUCGAGGACCUGUUGGAGAUCGACCGAGUGACAGCUCACUUCUGAGGGGGCCCCACAAGUGCCCCCCAACCCCUUUUCUGUGCCCCACAAGUGCCCCCCAACCUCUUUUAUGUGCCCCACAAGUUUAUAAAGAAAGAGGAAAAAUCUC